UAAGAAGUAAGAAAAUAAGAUACUAUUAUUAGAGGUUCUGACUGAAGAAGAAACUUGCGUAAGAAGUAAGAAAAUAAGAAAAAUCAUAAUGCUAAGUAUAUUAAAAUGCUUUAAAAAUAAAAUACACCAUGUAUACUUUACAACAAGCAUUUGUCGUCGAUAUAUGAAAAUUUCCGAAAAAAUGGAAAUACUUUUAAAACAAUCAGAUAAAAUACCACAGUCAUGUGAACUCAUUUAUAGACAUUCAACUGUGACAACUCUGUCCUUAAUGUACCAUUCAGUUAACUUUAUGACAUUUAUGACAGUAUCACACUUUGCAAAUAUGUAUUACAAUGGUUCUUUUUCAGAUGUAAUAGAAUCAAAUUUUCAAUGCUUUGUAAUAAUUUUCUUCACAGGAUUUAUAUUUUUAAUGGCACAAAAAAUACAGCAUGGCUUCCCAAUUAGAAUUUAUUACUGUAGUAAAAAUAAAAAAAAUAAAGCAAUUUUUAUUGGUAAAAUACCAUUUACUUCAGAAUAUUAUGAAUUUUCUUCAAAUUCUCUUAUACGAGCAUACAAAGAAACUAAAUUGCCAUGGCAUAAUCUUUCAUUUAACAUAAAUAAUCGUAGAAUUUAUUUAGUAGAAGAUAAUUUUAUAUCUACAUACGAAAGUAAAAAAACUUAA